CUUUAGUAGCCCGUGUAACAAACAUAAAUCAAAAGUUGGUUGAUCAUUCGGAAUCGGAAUCUCGGUCGAAAUCAACUUCAACCUGGAGUUUGGACAACAGUGGGGGUUUCCUUCCUACCCCACACGUAAUAAAAUAAAACAAGUUUAGGAUAAUUCCCCGGCAUCUUAUUUUUUUUUUCCCCAUUUCUUUUGAUAGUUUUUCUUUCUUUUCCUCUUCCUGCGAAUAAUUAAUUGCCUCUAUUAACUGUGAUUCUUGUUGUGUUGCUGGAUGUGUGAUUAACGUAAUCAAUCCAAAUUUAUGAAUCCUUCCAAUUCAGUACUUUUGCAUUCUAGCUGUUUGUUUAAUUGCCUCAAUCAACUUUUUCAUUUUUUGAAUUUUUCCCACCUUCCUAUGAGAAUCGAGGGAGGGAACUACCGAACUAGAAAAUUAGAUUCGGAUUACACCAAAGAGCAGGGGCUGUAUGGUAAUUUCGGCCCAGCUCCAAAAAUUUUUCCAAACUGAUUUGGAUUCUUGUCUUCAUCGCCACUGUUUCUCCCUCCAAUCUUGCCAGGAUAACCACCACCAAACUAACCGCUAAACUCACCACCAAAUUCACCUCUCUCUCUCACACACACACUGCCAGCCUAACUCUUACUCUCAACUCUCAACUGCCUUCAUUUCCAACCAUCUCCACAAUCUUCAAUCUCUCUCUCUCUCUCUCUCUCUCUGCAAUUAAAUACUACUUUACAGUUUGAGUGGCGGAACGCCGAAGUUGGAUUGGAUCACGUUCUUCUUCUUCUUUCUCUUGUUGGUUAGAUCUGUUCUGGAGAUCUAAACCGGAAACAGUUGGGUGUGAAUGGAAGUUUGUAAGAUGAGGGAACCGACAGCGUUGGAGUCCAACGGGGAUUCGUCUUCUCCUCCGCAGGCGCUACUCGAGAGGUUGAAGGAUUACGGACAAGAGGAUGUUUUCGCCCUCUGGGAUGAGCUCUCUGCUGAGGAACGUGACUUCCUCGUCAAGGACAUCGAGGUUCGGUUUUGUGUCUCUCGAAUUCAAAUUUUCAGUUUCGAUUGAUUUAAGCUGCUGGAUCUUCGUUUGGUACUUCACUUUACUGUUUUUUUUCGAGUUGAAUCGCGUUUAAUUUCGAUCGACGUGAAGAAAUUGAGCUGAAUUUCUGUCGUUCUUUGUCGGUGUUUCGAAGUAGGAAGAUUAUAUUUAUGUAUGCAGAUUGUUUGCUGUCUAUUUGGAUAUCUAUAAUUACUUGUAGCUGUUUCGUUUCGAAUAUUAUUGGUGUGGUGAUUGUUUACAAUUCAAGUAGUGUGUGUUCAGUUCUACUUCUCAUUGAUCUGUAAACAUGUUUGUGACGUUUGACAGAGUCUAGACGUCUCGAGGAUCGAUCGAAUCAUUCGAUGUUCAUUUAACUCGCAAGGGCUUCCCGCAGCAGCUAUAGAGCCAGUUCCGGAGGGUAGUGUGUCGACGCUAGAGGAGCGGACCAUGGAAGAUAGGGAGCGAUGGUGGAAUAUGGGAAUGAAAGCAAUCUCUGAAGGGAAGCUAGGUGUGUUGCUCUUGUCUGGCGGGCAGGGAACACGUCUUGGAAGUUCAGAUCCGAAAGGAUGCUUCAAUAUUGGACUUCCAUCUGGCAAGUCUCUUUUCCAACUUCAAGCAGAACGAAUUUUGUGUGUGCAAAGAUUGGCUGCUCAAUCGAGAAGUGAGGGUCCGAAUACUAUUACACCUAUACAUUGGUACAUAAUGACAAGCCCUUAUACUGACGAAACCACCCGAAAGUAUUUUGAGAGUCAUAAGUACUUUGGCCUAGAACCUGAUCAAGUUACCUUCUUCCAGCAGGGCACCAUACCUUGUGUUUCAAAGGAUGGCAGGUUUAUCAUGGAGACACCAUACAGAGUAGCAAAAUCUCCUGAUGGAAAUGGAGGAGUUUUUACAGCGUUGAAAUUCUCAAGAUUGUUGGAAGAUAUGUCUGCAAGAGGUAUUAAAUAUAUUGAUUGCUAUGGAGUUGACAAUGCUCUGGUUCGGGUUGCUGAUCCAACUUUCUUGGGUUAUUUUAUUGAUAGAGGUGUGGCGACUGCCGCAAAGGUUGUCCGGAAGGCAUAUCCGCAAGAAAAGGUUGGGGUGUUUGUGCGGCGCGGGAAGGGUGGGCCACUCGCCGUGGUUGAAUACUCUGAGUUGGACCAGUCACUGUCUAGUGCUAUAAAUCAGCAGACUGGCCGCCUUCGCUUCUGUUGGAGCAACGUUUGCCUGCACAUGUUCUCUUUGGAUUUUCUGAAUCAAGUGGCAAAUGGUUUGGAGAAAGACAGCAUCUAUCAUCUUGCUGAGAAAAAAAUCCCAUCAAUCCAUGGGCAAACUUUAGGGUACAAGCUGGAGCAAUUUAUAUUUGAUGCAUUUCCGUAUGCACCUUCUACUGCUCUGUUUGAGGUACUACGUGAAGAGGAAUUUGCACCCGUGAAAAAUGCCAAUGGAUCUAAUUUUGACACUCCAGACAGUGCCAGACUGUUGCUUCUCCGCCUCCAUGCUCGUUGGGUUGUUGCAGCCGGGGGUUUCUUGACUCAUUCAGUGCCCUUAUACGCGACUGGUGUGGAGGUCUCACCCCUCUGUUCAUAUGCUGGUGAAAACUUGGAAGCCAUUUGUCGUGGAAGAACAUUUCACGCUCCCUGUGAAAUCUCAUUUUAG